GAAGCCCAAGUUCGGCGCAUAUUGAUGGUGCAGUCACUGGGCUUUGCCAUCUACCGUGCGCUGGACUGGGGGUUAGAUGAGAAUGAGGAGCGAGAACUCAGCCCGCAACUGGAGAGGCUCAUCGGGCUCAUGGCCAACAGCGACUGCGAAGACAGCAGCUGCGGGGCAGCGGAUGAGGGCUACGUGGGUCCAGAAGAGGAGGAGGAGGCUGAGGGCGGCCCCCGAGCCGUGCGCACCUUUGCCCAGGCCAUGCGGCUGUGUGCCUCGCGCCUGACCGACCCCCACGGCGCGCAGGCCCACUACCAGGCAGUGUGCCGAGCUCUCUUUGUGGAGACUCUGGAGCUCCGUGCCUUCCUGGCCCGGGUGAGGGAGGCCAAAGAGAUGCUGCAGAAGCUGGGGGAGGAUGAGCCACGGGUAGAGAAACCACUGGCCGAGCUUGACCACCUGGGACACACGGACUGGGCCCGGCUGUGGGUGCAGCUCAUGCGGGAGCUGCGUCACGGGGUAAAGCUGAAGAAGGUGCAGGAGAAGGAGUUCAACCCACUGCCCACCGAGUUCCAGCUCACGCCCUUCGAGAUGCUGAUGCAGGACAUCCGGGCCAGGAACUACAAGCUGCGCAAGGUCAUGGUUGAUGGGGACAUCCCUCCCAGAGUGAAGAAAGACGCACAUGAGCUUAUCCUGGACUUCAUCCGUUCACGGCCCCCAUUGAAGCAGGUCUCGGAGAGACGACUUCGCCCUGUACCACAGAAGCAAAGAACACUGCACGAGAAAAUCCUGGAGGAGAUCAAGCAGGAGCGGAGGCUUCGUCCAGUAGGGGCCCAGCACUUGGGAGCCCGUGGGUUUGGUUCUCUGCCCUGCAUCCUCAACGCCUGCUCUGGGGACAUCAAGUCCACUUCCUGCAUCAACCUGUCUGUCACAGAUGCUGGGAGCAGGAGUCAGCGUCCACGGCCCCGGGUCCUGCUUAAAGCCCCCACCUUAGCAGAGAUGGAAGAAAUGAACACGUCUGAGGAAGAAGAAUCCCCAUGUGGCGAGGUGGCACUGAAACGGGAUCGCUCUUUUUCGGAACAUGACCUGGCUCAGCUUCGGAGUGAGGUGGCAUCUGGCCUUCAGUCAGCUGCUCAGCCCCCAGGAGGGACAGAGCUGCCUCGGGCCAGAGCAGGUAGCAUGCACUCCUGGAGGCCCGGCACCAGAGACCAGGUUGUCUGCCCUGUGAGUGGCCAGGCCCAGCCUCCCCCCAGCUCCGCCCAGCCCAGCAGCUUGAGCUCAGUGGAUGAACCUGAGGCUUCUGCACCAGAUACCAGACACCUGUGGCUGGAGUUCAGCCACCCUGUGGAGAGCCUGGCCCUGACUGUGGAGGAGGUGGUGGACGUGCGGAGGGUGCUGGUGAAGGCCGAGAUGGAGAAGUUUCUGCAGGACAAGGAGCUCUUCAGCAGCCUCAAGAGGGGGAAGAUUUGCUGCUGCUGCCGAACCAAGUUUCCCCUAUUUUCCUGGCCACCUACCUGUCUCUUCUGCAAGAGAGCUGUGUGCACUUCCUGUAGCGUAAAGAUGAAGAUGCCUUCCAAGAAGUACGGACACAUCCCUGUCUACACACUUGGCUUCGAGAGUCUUCAGAGGGUGCCAACUACCAAAGCCACACCAACACUGAGGAGAGAUGCCUUCCAAUCCCUACAGGGACCAAAGUGGCGGAGCGUGGAGGAGGAGUUCCCCCACAUCUAUGCCCACGGCUGUGUCCUAAAGGAUGUCUGCAGUGACUGCACCAGCUUUGUGACUGAUGUCGUGUGCUCCAGCCGCAAGAGCGUGGAUGUCCUCAAUGCCACGCCGAAACGCAGCCGCCAGACCCAGUCCCUGUACAUCCCCAACACCAGGACUCUCAACUUCCAAUGACUGUUGUGAUGGCCUCCCUGCACCCCAUCCUGGAACACAGCUGCCAUCAGCCCCCCCUUGCGCAUGUACAUAUAUACAUAUAUAGAGACAUUUAUAAUAUAUAUAUGGCCUAUAUUUAUAUACAUUGUCUCUUUCCCUACAGUUCAUUCAGGGCCAACCUUACUCCGGGACCUUCCCUCUUCCUUUCCUCUCAGGAAUCCUCGGGAAGGCUGGGAGGGGUUGGGGAAUGGAGGAAGGGCAGGGGACUCUGGAUCUCAGAACUCAGCUUUCCUGCCCCAUGCCCUGGUUCUCUUCAGUAGUGAGCGUGUGGCAGCCUGUCUUCCCUGGGUGGACCUGAGGACCAGGUCGACCCUGCUGUUCUUUAGGAGUCAGGCCUCCGAGGCACUGAGGAGGCCUCUUGAGUGUGUGGAAUUCUGCUGGGAAGAAGCCCAGGCACCCCCAAGUCAAGCUUGCUCUUGGUCUCUUGCUAGCGUUAUGUGACUUUUCCGAGGGAGACAGAUAUGAACAAACAUCCAGAUACGGCACUGAUAAGACAAAAAAAUGAUUCCACUCAAGUCUAGCCUGAUGAACCAAUGCAUUUACUGAGAUUACUGUAAUACAGUGCAGGUUUACUUUCCGGAACAUAAGUGACUCUCAGGCAGUUGUGUCACCACGAAGACCCACCCCAGCAUGGGUUGUCACCCACAAAAACUGCAUCCCUGUAAUUCACACCCCCAGCCAAUUUUCUACUUCCUAUACCAAGGCCAUGGUGAAGCUGGGGAGGGGUGGCUGGAAUCUCCUGGGAGGGCUUGGUGACCUGCUUCCUAUCAGGGAACCAUUACCACAGGCUUGCAUACUCUGUUAUUUCACUGGGGGGUUGUAGGCCAAUGCAGUCUGUGGGGCACAGCUGCUCUCCAAAUGCCGCUGAUGUCGUGUUCCUUGGCCCAGAGGCAGGACCGACACCUGGACUCAGGAUGGGCCACUGCUAAGCACCCUGCCUGCUUAUAUGCACCCAGGCGGGGGGUGGGGGUGCUGUCAUCACCCCACCUUACAGAUUAGGAAAGACUCAGUAAGGUAAAGAGACUUGAUGGCUUAUCUCAGAAUAUGCUAGAACUCAACUGAAGCCUGCCAACUGAGGCUAGGACUCGAAGAGGCACCCAGGGCCUAUGACUGUGACAGAUGGAUCUAUGCAAGUUAUCAUUGAAAUUAGAACACCCAAUAAAAGUGCCUAGCUCCCAGCACUCGGUCGUCUGAGCACCUCACAAACUGCCUUUGUAU